AUGGGGGAGCCACCGCCCAACCCUGACCCCUCGUCCCAAGGCCGAAAGUCUUCUCAAGGCUCAGAGAGGUCACGCAGUCGAGAGCACUCACAGCCUCUGAUAACCAUCCCUGAGGAUGCUGGGCCCCAAUCUCAGCAGCAGCAGCAGCAGCAGCAGCAGCAGCGGGGUAGUCGGAGCAGUCAGGGCAGUCAAGACCUUCAGGGAACGGACCUGCCGCACUGGCCACAGAGGUCCAGCCUGAUCCCAGAGAACCAGGACGAGGAAGGCACCGAGUACAACCGGUCCAUGAGCUUAGGGUACUCACCGAGCUUUCCACUGGAGUUCUCGCCACAGGGUUACCUGGAUGAAAACAGAAUGAUGCAGCAGUUUCCUCAGGGCCUCUUAGAACAACUGGAGACCUCGUACCAGGACCCGGGUGCCGAACUCAUGAGCCAGUUCAACAUGUACCAAAGAGAGGACCAGCCAUUCACCCAGGCUGUGCAGCAUGGGCCGUACCUGAGGGACGACCCCACUCUCCACCUGGGGCCCUCUGGCCUGGGCUUCAUGCCCUUUGUUGGAGAGGUGCCCGACCCCGAGCCCCGCGAGCUGGCAGUGCAGAACGCCAAGGCCUACCUGCUGCAGACGAGCGUGAACUGCAACCUCAGCCUGUAUGAACAUCUGGUGAACCUCCUGACCAAGAUCCUGAACCAGCGGCCUGAGGACCCCUUGUCCAUCCUGGAGACUCUGAACCGCAACACUCAGUGGGAAUGGUUCCACCCCAAGCUGGACACGCUGCGAGAUGACCCCGAGAUGCAGCCCACCUACGAGAUGGCCGAGAAGCAAAAGGCCCUCUUCGGCAGGGGUGGAGGAGAAGGUGAACAGGAAAUGGAAGAGGAGGUGACUGACAGCCCGGUGCCCAACAUCAUGGAGACGGCCUUCUACUUCGAGCAGGCGGGCGUGGGGCUGAGCUCGGACGAAAGCUUCCGAAUCUUCCUGGCCCUGAGGCAGCUGGUGGAGCAGCAACCCAUCCACUCGUGCCGCUUCUGGGGCAAGAUCCUGGGACUGAGCCGCAGCUACCUGGUGGCGGAGGUGGAGUUCCGCGAGGGCGAGGAGGAGGGCGAGGAGGAGGAGGUGGAGGAGCUGAUAGAGGGAGGCGAGGUCCUGGAGGCGCACGGUGAGGAGGAGGGCGAGGAGGAUGAGGAGAAGGUGGUGGAUGCAGUGCCCAAGCCGCAGUGGAAGCCGCCGCCCGUCAUCCCCAAGGAGGAGAGCCGCACGGGUGCCAACAAGUACCUGUACUUCGUGUGCAACGAGCCGGGCCGCCCGUGGACGCGCCUGCCGCACGUGACGCCGGCGCAGAUCGUGAGCGCGCGCAAGAUCAAGAAGUUCUUCACGGGUUACCUGGACACGCCGGUUGUCAGCUACCCGCCCUUCCCGGGCAACGAGGCCAACUACCUGCGCGCGCAGAUUGCGCGCAUCUCGGCCGCCACGCACAUCAGCCCGCUGGGCUUCUACCAGUUCGGCGAGGAGGAAGGCGAUGAGGAGGAGGAGGGCGGCGCGGGGCGCGACUCGUUCGAGGAGAACCCCGACUUUGAGGGCAUCCCCGUCCUGGAGCUCGUGGACUCCAUGGCCAACUGGGUGCAUCACAUGCAGCACAUCCUGCCGCAGGGUCGCUGUACGUGGGUGAACCCAAUGCAGAAGACAGAGGAAGAGGAGGAGCUAGGGGAGGAGGAAGAGAAGGCAGAUGAGGGGAUGGAGGAGGUGGAGCAGGAGGUCGGCCCUCCCCUUCUGACUCCCCUCUCAGAAGACGCAGAAAUCAUGCACCUGUCGCCCUGGACCACCCGCCUCUCCUGCAGCCUCAGCCCACAGUACUCCGUGGCCAUCGUUCGCUCCAACCUCUGGCCAGGGGCCUACGCCUACGCCGUUGGCAAGAAGUUCGAGAACAUCUACAUUGGCUGGGGCCACAAGUACAGCCCCGAGAACUUCAACCCCUCGCUGCCAGCUCCGAUUCAGCAGGAGUACCCCAGUGGGCCUGAAAUCAUGGAGGUGAGCGACCCCACGGUGGAGGAGGAGCAGGCCCUGAAGGCUGCACAGGAGCAGGCGCUGGCAGCCGCCGAGGAGGAGGAGGAGGACGAGGAGGAGGAGGAGGACGAGGACCUGGAGGACUGAGGUCGCCA